AUGGACGAUGCUUGGUACAGCACCUCGCCGCCGGCCUUCGAGCAUCUUCUCAGCAUGGGCGCCACACCACGACCAAGCGUCCACACCCUCCCCUGCGUGCUCAUGCGCGCCGGGACGUCCAAAGGCCUCUUCAUCCACAAGAAGGACUUGCCCGUGCAGCAAAAGGAUUGGGGCCCGCAUCUCAUCUCGGCACUGGGCUCGCGCGGAUGCGACCCCCGCCAGAUUGACGGCAUCGGCGGCGGCACGUCCACCACAUCCAAGGUCGCCGUCGUUUCGCCGUCCACACGCCCUGGCAUCGACGUCGACUUUACCUUUGUCCAGGUGGCUAUUGGGAAAGAGUCUGUUGAUUUUAGCGGCAACUGUGGGAAUAUGGUGUCUGGGGUUGGGCCGUUUGCCGUGCAAGAAGGGCUGGUGAGACCGGCACACGGAUCGUCUGUUUGCAAAGUGAGGGUGUAUAACACAAAUACAAAAAGAGUCAUUAUUGAGACGGUCGAGAUUGACCAGGAUGGCCAGUUCAAGGAGGACGGCAAGUAUAGCAUCCCUGGCGUCAACAUGAGCGGCAGUGAAGUCAAGGUCUCUUUCGUAGACCCGGCGGGCAGCAUGACGGGCAAGCUAUUCCCUACCGGCAACCGCCAAGAAGUUCUUGAAAUCCACCCGCGAAAGCAUCGCGGCGGCUUCCACGUCACCGUCACGCUCAUCGACGCAGCCAAUCCGUUCGUUCUAAUUGACGCCACCUCCAUCGCCUCGCUGCUGCAGACCUGCUCUCCCGACCGGCAGGACGACCUCGUAGAGUCGAUCCGGGUCGCUGGCGCCGUGCAAAUGGGCCUCGCAGCCGACACGCAGACGGCGUCCCGCACGCGCGGCACGCCCAAGGCGAUCCUGCUGUACCCGCCCAUCUUUCGCCACGAAGGCGCAGAUAUCCGCGCGCGAGCAUACUCGAUGGGCCGACCGCACCCUAGCCUGCAACUCACGGGCGCCGUGGGUAUCGCGGCAGCACUGCGGUCGGCGGGGACGGUGGCGGAGCGGCUAUCGCGGGCGCCGGUGCUGGUGGACGGCCUGCCGCUGCCGCUCACGCCGGAACGGACGCCGAGCCCAGUAGAGGGCAGUGACGAAGCUGCGGAACUAAGCAAAGGCAAAAAUCGCAGCGAAUUGCUGAUUGAGCAUGACAAGGGAGCGAUUCGGGUGGAGACUGAAAUGGAAAGGGACGAAAAUGACCAAGAGCGUGUGAGGAGCUGUGCUGUCUCGAGGACUGCUAGGAGGCUGUUUGAGGGCAGAGUGCGGUACUAUGUGUAG